AUGGGUUUGAUAGAAUCUCGACUGGGUCAAUUAAAUAAUAUUCCAAGAGAAAAUAAUUCAUGGCGAAUAACAAGUGUAGAUUUUGCUAGAAGAAUAAUUAAAAUAAAUAAAACAAAAUAUAUUAUUGGAGAACAUGAAUUAGGAAGAGGAGCAUUUGGAAGAGUUUAUCCAGCACGUCGAUCAACGGAUGGUGUUAAUGUUGCAAUAAAAGUCGUUAGUUUAGCUGAAAAUUCCGAGAUAUCUCCAUUAUUAGGUGAAGCAUUUUUAAAUGAAAUACUUCAAUCAAAAAGAUUAUCAGCACAAUCAAAACAUGUUGUCAGAAUGUAUGACUUUGAUUUUGAUCCAGUUGGUCUUGCUUUUAUUGUUAUGGAACGUGGAGGUUUAGAUUUAGAAAAAACUCUUAUAAAUAAAAGAACAAUAUCAAUUGCUCAACAAAAAAAUCUGUGGAAACAAAUGUUAAAUAUUCUUAUUACACUUCAUAAAAAUUCUCUAGUACAUUUAGAUUUAAAACCAUCGAAUCUAGUCUUUUUUGGUGAUCGAUUAAAAUUAGUUGAUUUAGGUAUUGCACAAAAAGCGAAUAGUCGAGGUCAAGGUCCGAAUGGUACAUUUGGUUUUACUGCACCUGAAGUUCGUUUAAUUCCACAUAAUUCUUCUCCUCGUUAUACACAUAAAGCUGACAUAUGGUCAUUAGGUGCGAUUUUAUAUUGGAUUAAUUAUGGACAUGGUCCUCAAUAUGAUCAACAUGAUAGAUCUUAUCGACCUCCACCGGGAAUACCUUCAGCUAGAGAUCCGAAUAUUGUUGAUAUUCUUCGGCAUACACUUAGAAUGAAUCCUCAUCGACGACCUCAUACUGAUUGGCUUGCUCGUCAUCCAUUUACACGUUCAUUUUAA